AUGAUUCUUAAACAUUUUCAGCUGUUAACAGAACGACAAAAUACAAAAGAAAGUGUAUAUUUCUCCCUCAAAGUUGGCGACGUAGUACACACACUACAGAAUGAGAGAGAUGUAAUGUCACUUUACGUGAGCGUCCACGAUGAUCCGGCGAUUGAAAGACUCCUAAUAGAAGCAUACAAAUUGACCGACGACGCACUUUUAAGACUCCCAAGUUGGGUAACAGUUAAUUUUCCAAGCAAGUUCCGCAGUAAAGAGAGUUUUAUUACAAGUUUGACAGAAAUGAGGAACCAGACAGAAAGCUUGACUUAUAAAGAGGUUACAAGACAGUUUGCAGACGACAUCGGUGUGUUUAUAGACUGGAUGAUGAACGCUGUAAAAGAAGAGAGAGAUAGCGAUAUAUGGGCAGAACUUGUAGCCUUUCACAUGCUUAUCAAUGGGAAAGAAUGCAUAGGCGUACAACUGUCACUUGGAGCUUAUUUCUUUACACAUGGUGGCUUGGAUUUGAAAGCGUUACUUUGGUACAAGGCGAAUCACGAUCUUGGUGAGACGUUUCUGGGCAUGUUUGAGAGUUAUUCGGCUGUAGCGUUUAAAAGCAGACUGGAUCAUAUAGACAUAGAGCUGGAAAGUCGCAUGCAGGUGAUGCAGCAGAAGAUUAUUGAGAAUACAACGGAAGUGUACUCUACAGAAGAGGGGAUGAUAUGGGUUGAGAAUAUGACAUCAUAUAUUAACCAGCUAAAUGAUGUAGUUCGUGCAUUAGCUGACUACAUCACAAUGAGAACAAAUGAAGAGAUUUUCAACCACAGAUUGAAUGUUACGGUUGAUGUGACAGUACUUGUCAUCACCAUGGUUGUUGCUUGUCUCGUAUCCUUCGUUAUCUACAAAAUCUCCAAAAGUAUCGACAGAGUGAAGAAGUGUCUUCAAGAGAAAACCAUGCAUCUAGAAAAAGAACAGAAACGGACCGAAUCAUUGCUAUCUCAACUUGUCCCGGCUAAAAUCGCAAAGCGCAUGCAGGAAAGUAUCGUUGAACCAGAAUAUUUCCAAUCAGUGACUGUAAUGUUUGCUGACAUUAGCAACUUUAAUACGUUUAUGAGUAGGAGUACACCUAACGAGUUGUUAGAGCUGGUAAAUGAUGUAUUUGAUGUGUUCGAGAAGCAGCUGGAGAAACGUAACGUCAGCAAGCUUGGAUCAACUGGAAAUAUUUUGAUGGUAGCAUGUGGGCUUCAUCAGAAACAUACCAAACGACACACAGAAGACAUUGCCAAUCUUGCAUUAGAUCUCUUAGACAGAGUGCAACAAAUUCAAGUUAAACAAGCUUUUGGGGAAAAGGUUAAGCUCAAAAUAGGUAUCAGUACAGGGGCAGUGAUAGCGGGUGUAAUAGAGGGUAAGUUGCCGAGGUAUUGCCUGUUUGGAGAAACCGUUGUUGAGGCCCAGCUAUUGUUGGACACCUGUUUACCUUUGCGUAUACACAUAUCAGAAACGACAUACUCACAGUUGUCCAGUAAGAAAAUGUACUUGAUAAAGGAAAGAGAUGAUAUUCCUAAAAAGAAUGGUUCAGUGCAGAAGAAGACCUAUUGGCUUUGUGGAAAUCUAAACAGCACAGUUUUGCAGAUUGAUCUGGAUGUAAACAACUCUUUAGUUUAAAUAACGAAACAGGCAUAUGAGCGGCAUAUGUCAGUAACUUUACAGAUAACUGAUGAAAUGCUUGGAUUUCACAAAAAAAUAAAUAAAAAAUACAAAGGGCAUAUGCCAACAGCUCCACUUCAAGUUACAUUACACAUGGGACAUAUGUCAACAAACGUAAUGAAAUAUGAUUUAGGGAAAGUAAAUUAUCAUUUGUUAAACUUUCGUCAAAAUCCAUCACUUGAUCAAAAUCCGAUUAAGAUAUGAUUAAGUUCUCUGAUUUAGGAACUAAAUGAAAUGGAUGAACACUUGUUAUUUGUACAUUUUCAAUGAGGUCGAGUUAACGACAGAACUGAUCACUUAAUUGUCCUUUAUAUUUAUUGUUUCAUGUCAGCCAUGUUGUUUUGUUGAUUGGCAUAUUGACACACACAGUGAAGUCUGUUUAAAGGGUCACA